AUGUACAAGAUUCUUCUACUCGCCGCAGUGGUUGCAACGGUCGUUGCGCGGCCACAACACGAUCACGACCAACACCACGGUCACGGUCACGCCAUCUCCUCACAGAGCAUCGUACUGCACCACACACACGAGACCAAACACCCUGUACACCACGAGGAGCACCAUGAAGAGCACCACGAGGAACAAGGCAACAAACACGAACAGAGUCACCAAGAUGAACACCAUUACGCGCAGUACUAUCACGAUGACCAUCAUCAUGAGCAGUACCACCACGAGGAACAGCAUCACGGAGAGCAACACGACGAGGAGCACCACAGCCACGCCUCCUCCUCACAGAGCAUCAAGCAGCACCACGGACACGGCACUGAGAAGCACGUCGUCUACUAUGCUCAUCCCAAGUACGAGUUUGCCUACAAAGUGGAGGACCCUCACACCGGUGACAAGAAAUCCCAACAUGAGUCUCGUGAUGGUGACGUCGUGAAGGGUGUGUACAGUCUGCAUCAGCCCGAUGGUACUAUCAGGAUCGUGGAGUACCACGCUGACAAGAAGACUGGAUUCAACGCCAACGUGAAAUUUGUGGGUCACGCCAAGCACAUCGUUCCUGAACACCACCACCACCAUUGA